UGAUUUCUUUAUAAGCCCCUUCUCUUGUUGAGAUUGCUCCAAACCUUUUCUCUUCCCUUCUUCCUCUAUGCUAUUUAUUUAUUCCAGAGACUUGGAUCUGUUUGUUCGUAUAUAUCUUAUAGCAAACAACACAAGUUUUUUUCUCACAAAUUUGAUUUUGAUUUGUUUCUCCCAGACGUCUUUUGCAACUUUUCCGAUGGCAGGUGUUGCUGUUCUUCAACCACAUGAUGUUGGAAGUUAUCGUCAGAUGUAUGUACAACCUGUGAGAUCUAGACGAAAUUCCAGUUCUAACCCUCCACCAAACCCCAACUACCCUAAGAAGAAUCGAGGGAAGCGAAGUCCACAAAAGAGUGGAUCAUCGUCUAACUUUUCGACUUGCUCUCCUGGUAAAAAUAAAAAUCUCCACCUGGUGAUGGGGGAGGUGAAGAUUCUCAAGCGCGGUGAAGUGUUAACCAAUAACAAUUUUGUGAGUAGUGAAGUUGUUGAAGAUUUAGUCUUGUCAACUACAGAUCGGCUUGGUCCAGAGCCGGAUAUGGUGCCGAAGCACGUAACAAUUGCUGAUUUAUAUGCUGGUUCGGCUUUCUUCUCCUCCCCGCCACCGAGCUCUUUGCCUCUGCCAGCUUUCUUCAAGAAGAAAAGUGACGAGGAUAACCAUGAAGCCACAAGUGAUUUGAGGCGUCUUCUAAGGCUCGAUCUGCCCUAAACGAUGUUCCGAUGAUGACGGUGUUAUAUAAGUCUUUGAAUAACAAGUUUGUGGUGUAAUUUGCUCCCGGCUCGUGAAAGCUUCCCUUAUUUUUUCAACGGGAAGGACGAGUUGGCAAAGCAAUUUGUCAAAUUUCCUUGUUACUGGUCCUUUAUUUUACCUUCCCAUUAUAUGUAGUAGAAAAAAGUAGAUCUAGCUAGGUUGUUUUGGGUCGACUUAUAUAGUAGUAGCUGUAUGUAUAGUCUUGUCAUUACUUUGGGUCUCUGAUUGUUUGUUUUCCAUUAUAGUAACUGGUGGUUUUGCUCAAA